AUGCUACAGCUAUCCGAAGGCCGGCGUGCAUAUCUUUUUGACGACGUAUACUUUGCAGCGCGCUUUAUCGUGCACGCCGACAGCUGCAUCCACAAAGACUACACCACAGCCCUUAUGGACUAUUUCAGGCAAUACCGGAAAGAGUCUGGAAACCCACUCUUUAACUGCAAAGAGCUGAUUAGCUACUGUAGGCUGGAAAAUAUAUUUGAAUGCCUGUUUGCAAACAGAAAUACAGACAACGCGGCCGCGCUUUCUGCGCUUAUUCUGGACGAGGUCCUUGCAGAGCGCCAGAAGAAGGCCAGAAAGUUGGUAGCCAUGCUGUCCCUUGCCUGGUUUGGCAUUGUGCUGUCGCGCGGUUUUGCGCACUAUCACGACAUGCUCCUCAGCGUGUACAUGCUUAUCGAGCCAAGCCCUGCGUAUGUAGCAAGCCGCAGUGACUUUUACUACUUCUGGGAUUACCCAGACAUGCCCUAUUCCCUCGUGUGCAUGGAAAGGGAGAGGGAAGCCCUCAUAGCAAGCGGCGGCUUGGACAAGUUCAAGAAAGUGCACCAAAUUUUCACCGACAUAGCCAAGUAUUGGAGCCAGAGGUCUAGGAUGCAGCAAGACGAAAUGGCUUGCUCGGAUUCGGACUGCUCCGAGUAA